AUGGCUCAAAGAGGAUUGGUUGGAGACACCGUCACUUACAACACACUUAUCCAAGGGUUUUUUCAAGCUGAUGAUUGUGAGCAUGUCCAAAUGGUAUUCAAAAAGAUGGAAUCUGAUGGUGUGCCUCCCAGUAUCGUGACUUACAACAUUUUGUUAGGUGGACUUUGUAAUUAUGGGAUGCUAGAGAAAGCGUUGGUCAUAUUCCGAGAUAUGCAAAAGAGUGAAAUGAAACUUGAUAUUUGUGUAUAUAGUACUAUGAUUGAUGGGAUGUGCAAGGCUAGUAGGGUGGAAGAAGGGUGGGAUUUAUUUUGCAGCCUCAGCCUUAAAGGAUUGAAGCCUGAUGUUGUAACCUACACUACAAUGAUCUCAGGAUUAUGUAGGAAACGCUUAAUGCAAGAAGCGGAUGCCUUGUUCAGAGAAAUGAAAGUAGAUGGGCCUCUUCCAGAUAGCGGUGCAUAUAAUACGUUGAUCAGGGCACAGCUUAGAGAUGGUGACAAAGCCGCAUCAGCUGAAUUCAUCAAAGAAAUGAGGAGCUGCGGGUUUGCUGGAGAUGCUUCAACCAUUGUCUUGGGUAAAGGUAAUCUUGCUCCUUCUUCCUUUAAUCAUUGCUACGGACGACGAGCUUUCGCUAGUGCUAGUGGUGUUUACAGAGAGAAAUUGAGUAGAAAUGUGCUGAGCGAUUUAAAGCUAGAUGAUGCUAUUACUCUGUUCAGUGAAAUGGUCAAGUCUCGUCCCUUACCUUCCAUUGUUGAGUUCAGUAAGCUGUUGAGUGCUAUUACUAAGAUGAACAAGUUUGAUGUUGUCAUCUCUCUCGGCGAACAUAUGCAAAAUUUGGGAAUUCCUCAUAAUCUCUAUACUUACAAUAUUCUCAUAAACUGUUUUUGCCGACGGUUUCAGCUCUCUCUUGCUUUAGCUGUUUUGGGCAAGAUGAUGAAACUCGGGUAUGAGCCCGAUGUUGUCACGCUGAACUCGCUGCUCAAUGGUUUUUGUCACGGGAAUAGGAUUUGGGAUGCCGUUGCUUUGGUGGAUCAGAUGGUGGAAAUGGGAUAUCAACCUAAUACCGUUACAUUUACAACUCUUAUCCAUGGUCUUUUUCUGCACAACAAAGCUUCCGAAGCUGUGGCUUUAGUUGAGCGGAUGGCUUUAAAAAGAGGCUGUCAACCGGACCUAGUGACAUACGGUGUGGUAGUCAAUGGACUAUGUAAGAGAGGCGACAUUGAUUUGGCUUUAAAUUUGCUCAACAAGAUGGAGAAAAGAAAAAUUGAGGUCAAUGUUGUAAUCUACAGCACAGUCAUUGAUAGUCUUUGCAAAUACAAACAUGUGGAUGAUGCACUCAACCUGUUCAACAAAAUGGAAAGCAAAGGAAUUAGAGCCAAUGUUGUUACCUACAACUGCCUUAUAAGUUGCCUUUGUAAUUACGGAAGAUGGAAUGAUGCCUCUCAACUACUUAGAUAUAUGAUCAUGAGGAAAAUCAACCCUGAUUUGGUCACUUUCAAUGCAUUGAUCGAUGCAUUUGUGAAGGAGGGGAAGCUUCUAGAGGCUGAGAAAUUGUACGAGGAGAUGAUCAAAAGGUCUAUAGAUCCUAGUAUUGUCACGUUCAAUUCAUUGAUCAACGGGUUUUGCAUGCACGAUCGUCUAAACGAGGCCAAGCAUAUGUUUUCUUUGAUGGUUAGCAAGGAUUGCCUCCCAAACGUAGUGACAUAUAAUACUCUUAUAAAGGGAUUUUGCAAGUGUAAAAGGGUAAAGGAUGAUGGUAUGCAACUCUUCCGCGAGAUGUCUCAAAUGGGAUUGGUUGGCAACACAGUCACUUACACCACUCUUGUCCAAGGUUUUUUUCAGGCUGGCGACUAUGAUUCUGCCCAAAUGGUAUUCAAACAGAUGGUUUUUGAUCGUGUGCCUGCCAGUCUUAUGACGUACACCAUCUUAUUAGAUGGGCUUUGUAAUAACGGGAAGCUAAAGACAGCAUUGGUCAUAUUCAAGGACAUGCAAAAGAGUGAAAUGGAACUUAAUAUCAUUACAUAUACUAAUAUGAUUGAUGGGAUGUGCAAGGCUGGUAGGGUGGGAGAAGCGUGGGAUUUAUUUUGUAACCUCGGUCUUAAAGGAUUGAAGCCCAAUGUUGUAACCUACACAACAAUGAUCUCAGGAUUAUGUAGGAAAAGCUUAAUGCAAGAAGCAGAUGCCUUGUUCAGAAAAAUGAAAGAAGAUGGGAUUCUCCCAAAUAGUGGUACCUAUAAUACGCUGAUCAGGGCACAUCUAAGAGAUGGUGACGAAACCGCAUCAGCUGAACUCAUCAAAGAAAUGAGGAGUUGCGGGUUUGUUGGAGAUGCUUCGACCUUUGGCUUGAUCACUAAUAUGUUACAUGAUGGGAGAUUGGACAAAAGCUUCCUCGAUAUGUUUUCUUGA